AUGCCCGAACAGCUUCAAGACCCGAAGGAGUACCAGAAUAUCUUCCACUGGGCAGAGACGCAGAAGGACGGCGCUAUACCUUCGUUCGGAACUAGGAAGAACGACCCUUAUGAGUAUCAAUCCGGCUUCGGAAACAGCUUCGAGUCCGAGGCAGUCCCAGGCACUAUUCCCAAGGGUCAGAAUAACCCACGAUGUGUCAGAUUUGGACUCUAUGCGGAGCAAAUGACCGGAACGGCCUUUGUGGCUCCCAGGCAUCUGAAUAAAAAGGCUUACCUCUACCGGGCGCGACCUGCUGUCGCUCAUCAAGGAUUUACCGAUUUGCCAGACAAUGAGGAUACGGAGUCCAACUUCCUCCCCUCCAACAAGCGAGUCCAUGUUUCGCCUACGCAGCUAGCUUGGCUUCCGUUUGACAUCCCUAAGGAUGGAGAUAUUGAUUUUAUUUCUGGCCUCAAGACUAUUGCUGGCUCGGGUGAGCCAACACUACGUGAGGGUCUAGCAGUGCAUACGUAUCUUUGCAAUGCGAGCAUGAACAGGAGGGCCGCAGUGAACUCGGAUGGAGACUUUCUGAUCGUGCCUCAGGAGGGAGCAUUAGACAUCCUGACUGAAUUUGGGCCCAUGUAUGUGCAACCAGGUGAAAUUUGCGUCAUCCAACGGGGACAGCGAUUCAAGGUCAAGGUCGAAGGACCAACCCGAGGCUACAUCUUGGAAAUCUGGGGAUCGCAAUUCCAACUUCCAGAGCUCGGCCCACUAGGAGCCAACGGCCUUGCCAAUGCUCGAGACUUUUUGCACCCCAAGGCAAGAUACGAGAUUGAGAAGGCGUCAUGGGAGAUUGUCUACAAACUUGCUGGAAAGUUUUUCGUUAGCAAGCAGGAACACUCGCCGUUUGAUGUUGUCGCGUGGCAUGGCAACUAUGUUCCGUUCAAGUACGAUUUGACAAAGUUUGUCAAUGUUGGCUCAAUCUCGGUUGAUCACAUUGAUCCUUCCAUCUUCUGCGUCAUUACGGCUCCCUCUCGCGAUCCAGCUGCGCCGCUCGCCGACUUUUUGAUCUUCAGUCCACGAUGGGAUGUGGCUUCACACACAUACCGCCCACCAUACUACCACCGCAACGGCGCCUCUGAGCUCAUGGGCUUGAUCUAUGGAGAAUACGCAGGUCGUUCCGACGAGUUUCAGCCCGGAGGUGUCAGUUUUGAGUGUGGCUUUGUGCCUCAUGGUGUCGCAUACGAGGAGUUCAAAGCUGCGAGCGCGCAACCACCGCCUGAGAUGCAAAUCUCAAAGGGCGCAAUCGCCUUUAUGAUGGAGAGCUCGAGGAUGUUUACCAUUACCGAUUGGGCAUGGAACAGCAACAAGAAGCACGAGCACAACCCCAGGAUGUGGGACAAUCUCGUCGACAAUUUUUCGACACACGAGGAUGAGGUUGAGAAAAUACUGGCUGAAGGCGUCAAGAAACUUUCAUUGUAG